UGCUAGCUAAAAGGCUAAUGCAUGCCCUUAAACCACGAUGUAAAAAACCCUCAAAAAAUAUCAAAUUAAAAGAUAAAUCAAUUGACUUCUAAGUGGGUGUACCGGUAUGGACCUGGAGCAAGACAAAACAGAUUCAAACCGAACCCGGGCCAUGCCAGGUGAGUGAGAUAUCUUGGCGGAUACGUCAUGGCCUAAUAGAUACAUUGGGCACAACGCGGAGAUCACUUAACCUGCUAGAAGAUCAGUCCUUCAGAUGCACCCCCCUUAUUAGUUUAGCGAAUCCCUUGAUUUCCUCCCCCACUUAUGUAACAUAGCCUAUUUAGCUAAUUACCUGAGUUCAAUGUAUUUGGAUCUUCGGGGUUUGGGGCUCACCAACUAUAUUAUGGGGUCCUCACACAUUGUAGACUCACUUUCUUCACUCAAUAUAAUUCCUAUACUUUUAUGUUCUCAGCCUGCUCGAUACUCAAAAGUUGAUUCAGGAACAAUGGGAAGCACUAAUCUUGGCUUCAAUGGCCUCGGCCUCAAAUGGAGUCAAAAAAACAACUUUGAGAAUAUGGAGACAAGAGGAGGGCUCUUGUAGGUCCUAAUCAAACUCCAGCAUAAGCUUAAGCAAAUGAUGGAAACAUCGGAAUACGACUGCGAAAGCGGAGCCCGACGACACAAAGUAUUCACCUCCUACUUCAGGAUUUAGUACUAAAUAUAUAGAGAAUUUAUAAAUCACAAAAAAAAUAGCUUUGCAAACAGAUAGAUGAUCCAUCGUCACUUCACCAUCGUUGAAUAAUUUGAAAGGUCCAGAUCAAUAGAUAAUAAUGAAAUCACAUUCUAAAAUGAUUUUAAAGAACCAAUUGUAUAUAUUCUAUAACACAUUGUCAAAUUGUCUAACGUGGUUUAUUGUUUGACAUUCUGACAAUCCAAUUCCUUAAUGUUUGACAUUACAGGAUAACAACGAAGUAUUCCAAAGAUAAACAACAGGCACAUGCUUCCAUUCAUCUAUAUAUAUAUAUGUGUAUGUGGGGAACAAACUAAACAAACGAGUAUUAUCAAGGGAAUACUUAUACAACUGAGUUAAAUAUAGACCAGAGUGUUUGCAGAGAAAAUGUAUGUAACAAGAGUCCUUUCCAUGUACAAAAGUAACCCCCAGGCUCUUGUAGACCCACCUCCAUCUGGUCCAAACUCAGGUUAUCUUAUAAUCAUGGACAAAGAAUAUGAGACUUACAAUUGGUUCGGUCACAAGAGUUCCUACAUCAGGGAACUUCCUUUCCCUCAGAACAAAGACUUAACCAUCAACUAUGGAAGUGAUAAUGAGGACUCCAUGUUUGUUCCAGUAUUGAAUCAGCCCUUGUCUUCAAACCGCUACUAUGUCAUAAGAAGGAGAGGGAAGGAACAGGGGCAUGCUAGCACAAGUUCAAAGGAAGAGGACAUGGAAACUUGUUUAUGUUGCCUUGUCCCCCAAGAUGUGAAACCAAAACCUUUGGAACCCUUCAACGAUUAUCAGCAGAUUGAGAUAAUCAAGAAGAGUGAUUAUGGUUUCGAAGCAAAGUCCGUUGCCCCUGAUGGAAUUCCUCCAGGUAUAUUGAACAGAAAAGGGUGGAUGCUUCGUGCCAUCACUCCCAGCAAUUACCGUUUGGGCGAAGCAUUGGGCUCCAAUGACACCUUGCGCUCCAGGCUACCGGAUUUUAACUUCCCAUUGUCCAAUGAUUGUUCUGAAUCAGUGGUUGUGGGGAAGUGGUACUGUCCUUUUAUGUUUGUGAAAGAAGGAAUGAAAUUAAAGGCGCAGAUGAAGAUGUCAGUGUUCUAUGAGUUGACACUUGAGCAAAGAUGGGAAAAGAUAUUCUCAAAGGAAAAGAGUGAGGAAAAGGAAAAUGCUGCGCUAGUAGAUGUUGUUGUUCAAACUGAAGCUGCCAAGGUUGCAGGCAGGGAUGCUGAUUGGGAUGAAAAUAGUAGUAUGGUUGUGUUUACAAGUUUUGAUGAUGUGGGGGUAGAGACAAGGGUUGGACUGAGUUUGGAAGUUGUUGAGGGAAUGAAGUGGGAACAAGAAAGAGUUGGAUGGAUUGCAGGGAAUAUGAGGCAAGUGAGAGUGGAAAGAGUAGAAGAGUUUGGAGGAACAAAUGAGUGGAGGAAAUUUGGGUGUUAUGUGCUUGUUGAAAGCUUUGUGUUGAAGAGAAUGGAUACAAGAUUGGUGCUAACUUGUGAUUACAGUCACACAAAUCAAAUUAGGUGCAAAUGGGAGUGAUAGCUUUCUCAAUUGUCGUACUUUGAUCUUUGCUUUCUUCGUACUUAGGUAUUUUAAUAUAUGGUGCUUGUUAUAUAUACAUCUUAUUCAUGUAGCUUCAAAAAAAUGGUGGAAUGAAGAAUACUGUGAAUGUGGAUGUUGUUGAAAAGUAGUUGUGAUUGCUAGCCUGGAAGCUGUGAUGGACAAGAUGGAUGCUGCUGAAGGUCUUUUGUGGUUUAAUAGUUUUAACAAUGUUUAAGAGAAGAAUAGUGUGAGACUGAGCACUGCAAUAGUUGAGAGAAUUAAUGAAUUGAAGUGGCAGCAGGAAAGAGUUGGGUGUAUUGUAGGGUUAACAAAGUGGAGGAAUUUGAAGGGACUAAUGGAUGGAUGAACGACUUUGGAUGUUAUGUUUUGGUUGAGACCUUUGUACUUAAGAGAUUGGAUGGAAGCAUAGUGCUUAACUAUGCUCUCAAACGAUCUCAUCAACUUAGAAGCAAAUGGGAAUGACAAAUUCCACACCAAGACAAAUUCAUCCUGUUCUGUUUUCAAGUGUAUAUUACUAGGUCUAUGAGAAAGAAAAGAGAGUGCCUAGUCUUGUAAUCUACAUUUUCAAUUGUGUGUGAUCUUGUUGUCUAAGAAUAAAAUUUGUUUAUUCAUUUA